UGGCAAUAAAAGUAGGCUAGCCCAACCCGCCUAGACUACACCGAUGACCUACCACAAAACAGGGAUAAUCCCACUUCUAUGACAGCUCUAGCCUAUGGCAGUGAAAUUCUAAGUGAACAACUGGAAAAAGGGGUUGCUUGCACACUUGAGCAAAUUUACCCAAGCCUCCUUAAAAUUUUAGGCACAGAUUGCUUUGGGUUUACACCAAGAGAGUGGUCAAACAAGGACAAGCUUUCAGGCAGUUCAUUGCUUGCUGCCGUACGACCUUAAAUUUUUGACAGGCUCACUCCAUCUGGGGAGUGCACAUCUGGGAAGAUGAUUGUAACAGGGUAAUAAUAAUCACGUAAUAAUCUGUGGACGUGUUAUCUAGUAACGACAUUGUAAUACACUGUACAGGGAAACAUAUUCACACGAAACAACGUUGGAAAAUAUAGCGUACAUCCACCUUAAACAGCAUUUACUGUUUCAACAUGGUCCAAUCAUUCCCGUCUGUGAUCACCUGAUUUCUGCUCAGCCAUUUUGUCUCGAGUAGCUUCCUUGCCAAUGCAUUUGCUUGGACACCGGAAUAACGAUUAAGCCGACAAUACAAACCAUUUGAAGGAAGCUCUACACUUGAGCAUUUGACAGAAGCGGUAACUCGACGAGAGGACAUAUAUUUCUCUGCAACGGACACCUUUGUUGGAGUCAAUUUUAAUUAAUGUGUCCGUACCUGGCAAGAGACAAACAGGUUGAAAGGGUGAACGUUAGCGAGCUAGCUAGUUGAGCUAGCAGUCAGGCUAGCCAGCCAGCUGGUUGGUCGUUGGAUUGGACGUGUUGCCCAGCUAGCCGUAGCCAGCAGCCAGCCAGCCAGCAGAGAAUCACAGAACUGCAAACAUCCCAUCUCACCCGGCCGUAGGCAUCGGAAUGUGUUACCAAUCCAGCCGCGGUGAAGGAAAAAGUGGGAAAAUAACCUAUUCGAAACAUCAAUGACCUUACUGUAAAGACAGUCGUCUUCACAAGCCAAGGCGUGUUUCAAGGGGCAGCUUUGUGGCUUUCAUUUGACAAGAUAUCGUCCUAAUAGUCAAGUAUCCAGCCACAUUCCACUUGGUAACAGUGUUGGCUAGCCUGAUCUGCCAACCGUCAGAUUUUUUGGGAGGCCAAGACCGGGACUUGUCACGGAUAUCUCAUCGACAAUCUUCUGCAUAGCUUGCUAGUGACGCCGCUUCGUCAACUGGACAGUCAACCGAGCCAGCCAGUUACCUAAUUGGGACUUGAUUCAGUUCAAGUUCAGCAUCACCAUCAUUUGCAAUAGCUGUUUUCAUUGCUUUUGGGAUACCGUAACUGGGAGCAGCGCUAACUAGCCAAAGCAAUUUCACUUGCUAACGCCUGCUAGCUGUCUUUUGCUGGUUUAGCCCCUUUUGCUGUGCAGAGACUGACGGUAUUUUUUGACGGUGCCAGCACAUUAUUUGCAAGCCAGCUAGUUUUUUGGCAUCAUCUGGGUUUUGACGAAUGUCUGCCUUUGAUGUGUUAGAAAUAACAACUGCAUUUUUCCGGGAACAUAGCUAUGACCAUUUGUAACCAACCCAGUGUGUUUUCUCUUUUCAGUCAUAGGACUUGUUCUUGUUUCGAACGCUGCAGCGGCAUCAUUAGCUAACAGAAGGUAGACAGUAGUCAUUUUAUACUCUAGCCUAGCUAUUCAAUUAACGUUGUCCAGACUAUUUUCUGAAGCUACCCGAUCACAAAAAACCUUUCAAUUUGCGCCAUACUGUCAAGUCUCUUGUUAGCCAAGAUAUCCAGUCAGUUGCCUAAUUUUUUGAGCUAAAGAAUCAACUGGAUUGCAUUGCAGAUGUGUAAUGAGCUGGCUGGUAAAUAUUGUGUUUAGCUGCUAAAUUAAUGUUGGCUGAUUAGUGUGCAACACAAGGGGACUCGAUUUCUGACAUCCAACGUCAAGCGGAUCUAAUACCACAUUGAAGACUUGCUACUGCCCGGUGAAGUGAAACUGCGAUUUUGUGUAUUUUUUUUUUGCCAGGAAGCCGGUGUUGACUGAGAAAUUCCACCUGCCACCCCCCGUCUUUGCAAAGAAAACGUCUCAAGCUAAGACGUUCACUGGGAUUUUUGUCCAGCUAAUUAUUGUGACUGACAUCGGUGUAGUUGAUUUAAAAAAUGUCCGGGCAGUCCAUUACGGAUCGGAUUGCGGCGGCUCAGCAUAGCAUGACCGGAUCAGCUAUCAGCAAAGCCGUCUGCAAGGCCACGACGCACGAGAUCAGCGGACCCAAGAAGAAACACCUGGACUACCUGAUCCACUGCACCAAUGAGAUGAAUGUGAGUGUGCCCCAGCUGGCCGACACCCUGUUUGAGCGCACUGCCAACAGUAGCUGGGUGGUGGUCUUCAAAGCCCUCAUCACCACACACCACCUCAUGAUGUACGGCAACGAGCGCUUCAUCCAGUAUCUGGCCUCCAGGAACACGCUGUUCAACCUCAACAACUUCCUAGACAAGGGAGCGUUGCAAGGUUAUGACAUGUCCACCUUCAUCCGUCGCUACAGCCGCUACCUGAAUGAGAAGGCUCUCUCCUACAGACUAGUGGCCGUGGACUUCACCAAGAUGAAGAGAGGUAUUGACGGCGUGAUGCGGACCAUGAACACAGAGAAGCUGAUCAAGACGCUGCCCAUCAUUCAGAACCAGCUGGACGCACUGCUAGACUUCCAGGCGAACCCCAACGAGCUGACGAAUGGCGUGAUCAACGCUGCCUUCAUGCUGCUCUUCAAAGACUCCAUCCGCCUCUUUGCCGCCUACAACGAGGGAGUCAUCAACCUGCUGGAGAAGUACUUUGACAUGAAGAAGAACCAGUGUAAAGAUGCCCUGGACAUCUACAAGAAGUUUCUCUACAGGAUGACCAAGCUCUCUGAGUUUCUCAAAGUGGCUGAGCAAGUUGGGAUUGAUCAGGGGGACAUCCCAGAUCUGACUCAGACUACUAAAGGACCAUACCUUGCCCCCAGCAGUCUGCUGGAAGCUCUGGAGCAGCACCUGGCCUCCCUCGAGGGCAAGAAGACCAAGGACUUCUCAGCAGACACCAGGGCCACCACCCUGUCCAGUGCCGUGUCGUCCCUGUCCAACACGGGCAUGUCCUUCAGCCGCAUGGACGAGAAGGAGAAGCAGCAGGCCCUGGAGGAGGAGCAAGCCCGCCUGCAGGCACUCAAGGACCAGCGUCUGAAGGAGAUCGGCAUGCAGACCCCCUCUGCCUCCCCCACCACGCAGCCCAUGAGCGCCAACAACCACAGCCCUGCCAUGGACCCCUUCGCCAACCCUGCCAACGUACCCUCCAACAGCAUGCCAAACCUCACCAGCGACCUGUUUGACCUCCAGCCGACCUUCAUCCCAGCUGUGCAAAGCACUCCGGCCAUCUCCACAGCUAACAGUGCCUGGGGAGGUAUGGAGAGUGGCUCCGCCCCUCAGACAGCUCCCAUGAGUGUAGAUUUUGACGCUGUCUUUGGAACCAAAGAGGCUGCCAGUGCCAAUAGCGAAGUGCAACCCGCAGCUGGUGGUUUUGACGCGCUAGGCGACCUGUUGAAGCCCACGGUGAGCCCGCACAGCCAGCCCCCUCCCAUGACCCUCCACACGGGGGGCAAGCUGCUCGCCAACGACCUGGACUCCUCCCUGGCCAACCUAGUGGGCAAUCUGCAGUUUGGAGGAACACCAGCCAAAAAUGCGUACAGGCCGGACAUGCAGUGGAGCCAGCCGGUGGAGAAGAAGCUGACCGGGGGCAACAACUGGCAGUCCAAGACCAUGAGCAGCACCACAGCCUGGAACCCCGCCCCCAUGCCCCCCGCACCCAUGCCCGUGCAGCACGUGGCUCCAGCACCGAUGGCAUUUCCCAUGACUACACCUCAAGUGCCUGUGUAUGGAAUGAUCCCCCAUCACAUGAGUCAAGUCCCCCCUCACAUGGGACAGAUGAGUGGUGUGCCUGUGAUGGCUCCCCAGCCCAUGAUGUACAACCAGCCUGUCCUCAGACCCACCAACCCCUUCGCACCCAUGCCCGGAGCCCAGAUGCAGUUCAUGUAGGAGCAGCGGGGCGUCAGUGUGUGCCAAACAUGACGGCAAAAAUCACAGCACGAGCAAGAGAACGAGAGAAGAGAAGAGGAGAACCUAUCAACACCAAAUACCAGAGGAGAGGAGGCUAGGCUGAGGCCCAUGGAAAAAAGGAGAGAGAGAGAGAGAGAGAGAGAAAGAGAGAAACAGUGUCAGAGAAAGGCAAAAAAGCUCCAAGGUGGGAGAUGGGAAGAAGUGUGGCAAAAGACAGUGUGUAUGUGUAUGUGAAUGUGUGUGUUUAAUCGUGCGUGUAUAUUAUGUGGGUGUGUAUGUGCGUGAGCGUGUGCUUGGGUGUCUUUAUAGGUGUGUCUUACCUGUGCGCCAGUCUGAAACAGCUCUCUCAGAUCACACACAUAUUAAAAGGGAAGGAACAAUGUGUUCAGGCUAUGUGCAGCGGACAACUGUGCUGCCACAUAAGAUUAUAGGUCAAAUUUGGUUAACAAAAGGUCAUCUGGACUAACAAAUUAGGUCAGGGCAGUAACAACAAUGUCAGAAAUGUUUUUUAGCGUAUUUCCCCUUAGCGUUUUUAUAUCAUAAUCUGUCUGACUUAAGGCAGUAGCUUUGUAGGUCAUUUGGCCCCACCCGCUUUUUCAUUUAGUUGCAUCAUCUCGUCAUACAGGAAGUGCAGCCCAGUAUUUCUCCAUCUCCGCUUGUCAGGCCGUUUCUGCACCCUACUGCAGUUCUCAGCUGAGCUGAAAUUAUACUUCCCCCUUCAUCAUUUCUCAAGAACUAAACUUUUCUCUCUUUUUUUCGUGGCUUUGUUUGGCAUGUAGGUUUUUUUUUUUUUUUUUUGCAAGGUCAUCUCUGUCGUCCAGAAAGAACGCCCAUGUCCUCUCUGUCCUCCAACAACCUUCAGACAUGAUUUUUAAAUUAGUAUUAUUAUUAUAUUUUAGUGCUCAGUAUUGUGAGCCUGCUAAAAGCGUGUAUCCAAAUCCCAACAGUAAAUUACCUGUCCAUUUUUAUGUAGCCACAACCCAUUUGUUUCUUUUUGUUCUGUUACAAGGGCAUCUGUAGUGGUGUUAGCGCGUCUGUGUGUAUAGUAUGUAUGUGUGUGAGCAGAGCAGAAAGAUGGAGGGUAGUUACGGAGGGCGUUGUUUCAGACUUGGUGAAGGUCACACACACAGACACAUGCACACGUACGCUCAUGCGUCAUGCACCAUGCACCUGCAUACGCACAUGCACCCAUAGCCACACAUGAAGCCAUACCACCAGGUGAAAACAUGUACACACACACAUACACACACACACACACACACACACACACACACACACACACACACACAUACACACACACACACACAGCGGUUGGUUUGAAAUCCUGGAUGUAAAUUCUCUCAUGACCUACAUAAAGAUCUUUUUGUCCCAUCUCCUUCCCAA